AUGAUUGCUGAGGAAGUUCUUAUGUCGGCUCCGGACAAGGCGGCAGCAGCAAUGGUACAUGGAAAGUCCACAACUAGCAGUAGCAGCAGCACCAUGAUGACUGAGCAAGUUCUUCUGGCGAUUCCGGGCAAGGCGGAGCCAGCAACGGAGGGAGGCGGCAGCGGUAGCCGCAUCCACGACAAUGGUAACCGAGAAGCCAGGUCAGGCCAACGGUUCAUGGAAAUGUGCACCCAAAAACGCCAUGUGCACUUACAAAGGGGUAAGGGCGUAAGGCAAAGGACAUGGGGCUAA